CGGCCAUUAUUAAUCUCUGCAAAACACAUGAUAUCCAACAAUAUUAGAUCGAAGGAGAUUGGGGAGUGAGUGAUACAACCAUAACAGAGAGGAACUCAAGACAUUUCACUAAUUAUCUGAAGAUAUUAUGAACACACACAAGAAUCUGAUUAUGGAGAGGAUCCUGAAUCUUACCCUGGAGAUCAUCUAUCUGCUGACCGGAGAGGAUUAUAUAAUUUUAAAGAAACCUGAGGAGAGGGUAACACAUAGCAGCAGUCCUUGUAUGUCAGAAGGAUCCGGCAACGAGCGGGACAAUGAGCAGACGAUGCCAAAUAUAACCAGCAAAAUUGCCCACGUGCUUUCUGGAGAGGUUCCCAUAAGGUGUGAGGAUAUCGCUGUCUAUUUCUCCACGGAGGAGUGGGAGUAUUUAGAAGAACACCAGGAUCUUUAUAAGGAUAUAAUGAUGGAAAAUCACCUGCCCCUCAACUCAAAAGAUAGAUCCUUCUCUCCAAAGAUUCCAAACACGCUUUGCAGCCCGAUUUCUUCAGCUAAAUGUUUCAGAAAAAUUAGAAAGAAUCGAAAUGAUACUGAAACAAAAGAACAGAGAAUUCAUAAGCCAUUGAAGAGGCAAACUGAUUAUUUUCCUGAUGUUGGCAAAGGAUCAGAUUCAUGUCCAGCACAAUACACUUUCACUAACACAAAUAGAACCACCUCAUGUCAGGAAGAAAAUCUCCCAAAUGUUGACAUCCAUGCAGUCACUGAGCACACACAGUCAAAAUGUACAUUUCCCUCUAUUAAGGGUAAACAUGUAUUAUGGGAAACAAGGAGUCUCGCAGAUCUUCUUGAUUUCACACCUGCAGGGCAUACUUCUACCCUUAGUAAGGAUAAACCGGCUUCCCAGGAGAAAGUAAGGAUCACAGACAUUGACAUUUAUACACCGAGGGAAUGCAUACAACCAGAAUACACAGCUACUUAUAUUAAGAAGGAACAUGACAUCUUGGGAAAAGGGAAUCUCACAGAUGUUGAUAUUUAUCCACAGAACAAACACAAACAUAAACAUAAGGAAUAUACGUCUACUCUUAAGGAUGGAUUUGUCUCAUGUGAUAAAGAAACUAACGCACACGUUGACAAUAAUACUUCCACAGAUCAAAUACAGACAGAAUACACUAAUGUUGUGGAACUUGCCUUGUGUGAAGAAGAAUAUAUGACAGAUUCGGACAUGUGUACACAGAGAAAUGCUCAAAGACAAUACAGAUCUACAUACACAAACUCUUUCUCAUAUAGUGAAGGAAAUUCCACUAACAUUUGUACGUCCACAGAAUAUAAAUCUACAGAUAUAAAAGAGGGAUCGACAUCAUCAUGUGAAAAGGGGAAUCUAAUAGGCACUGACAUUUAUUCUUCUGCAGAAUAUCCAUCUAUCCAUAUAAAAAAGGAUUUAGCCUUCUCUGAAGACGUAAAUCACACUGUCGUUAAUAUACACUGUGAACACACACAGAUACAAAAUACUUCUCAUACAGGGGAGAAAAUAUCUUUAUUCAAAGGAAUAAAUACAACCGACAUUUAUACACCCACGGAAUCUUCAGAAAGCCAUCAUAGUAUUGAUAGUAAAGUAGGGUUGGUACAGAACAGUGCAAGGCAGGGUACAUUUGAAAAAUGUUUCCCAUCUAGUCAAAAACUACACGCAGUAGCUGAUAACUUAUGUCAUGUUGAAAAUCUGUCUGUUCAAAAUGAAGAUCGAAAUAGUCUGUAUUGUCCUGAAUGUGGAAAAUCAUUUACGUCUAAAUCGGCACUUGUUAGACAUUUAAAGAUUCAUAGUGGAGACACUACAUUAAGAUGUCCUGAUUGUCGGAGAUGCUUUAGAAGCAAUUCGGAUCUGUUAAAGCAUCAGAGGAUUCACACAGUGGCUAAAAAUUGCUCGUGUUCAGUGUGUGGAAAAUGUUACACUACAAACUCACAUCUAGUUAGACAUCAAAGGAUUCACACGGGGGAAAGACCAUAUUUUUGCUCGGAUUGUGGGAAAUCUUUUGCCCACAAUUCUGAUUUUUACCGACAUCAGAAAACUCACUCAGCGGAGAAACCAUACUCAUGUUCUGAAUGUGGCAAAUGUUUUGCUAUUAAAUCAUAUCUCGUUGCACAUAUAAAGACUCAUACCUGAAUUAUCAGUUAAAUAACAAGGAAAGAUUUUUGUAAAUUGACAUAUUUCGCAUUGGGGACAAAGCCUGUAGGCAGUUUGAAGAAGCUGAGAUACAGCCAGGUGAAAUGAUUUUGCUCCUUACAUUUUGUAGGCAUGGAAUAUAAUGACAUUCACCCGCACAUGUAGAUUAUGGAGGAGUGAGCAACAGGUUCCUGUCUAAAGCGAAUUACUGAUGGACUACAAUAUGAUCCACAUAUUUAUAUUGUGUGUAUAUAUUAUUAUUUUAUUAAAUGUUAUUUUCACUAUUUUUACAAA